CUGAGCGGUUGUUUGGGCUGUGUGUAAUUUGGGCUUUAGUUAAUGGGCCGGAGCUUAGAAAACGUUGUCGUUUUGUGCGUCUCCCUGUCGGAGCUGUUGGCUGUUCCGACGGGCGUUCGUCGUGACGUUCAAUGAAUCUGUAAAUCCUGUGAUCGAUGAAAAGUGAAGAGAUUCGUCGCCAUGGCACGUGAUGUGUUGUUUAUGGAUAAUUAUUGCAUAUCUGGAGGAGUUUCUACCCUAAUUGUUGUUGAUUUUGGUUUUGCAAACUGAAUAGUUAGUGUGUUCGCCGGCGAAGGAGAGGAAUCGGUUUUCAAAUAUGGCGAUCGUCUCGAUUGGUGCAAUUGAAGGAGAAAUCAGUCUCGGCUCUCAGGAUCACUGGUUAAUUCUGCCUACAUUUCCAAUUUAUCUCAGAGUAGAAAGAAAGCUAUGAACACUAUAGAUUCUUGUUGGAGAGGUAACUCGAAUUGGGCGAAUGAUCGUCGUGCUCUUGCUGAUUGUGCUGUAGGAUUCGGGAGUGAUGCCGUUGGGGGGAAAUACGGCGCAAUCUACGUGGUGACGGAUGCAUCCGACAAUCCACAGAAUCCGAAGCCGGGGACACUGAGGUACGGCGCGAUCCAAGAGAAGCCUCUGUGGAUUGUUUUCGGGAGGAGUAUGGUUAUUAAGCUCAAGAACGAGCUGAUGAUGAACAGCUACAAGACGAUAGAUGGGAGAGGGGCCGUAGUGGACAUUGCAUACGGGCCGUGUAUAACUAUACAGGACGUUAGCCAUGUGAUCAUACACGGGAUUCGCAUCCACGACUGUAAGCCCGGAAGCUCCGGCAUUGUGCGCAACAGUCCGACUCAUUCGGGGCAUCGCCGUGGCGCUGAUGGCGAUGCUAUCGAUAUCUUCGCCUCUUCCAAUAUCUGGAUCGAUCAUUGCUAUCUUGCUCGUUGCACGGAUGGGCUUAUCGACGUGAUCCAUUCUUCUACAGCCAUAACCAUUUCCAACAACUUCUUCUCCGACCACGACAAAGUUAUGCUGUUUGGGCACGACGAUAACAAUCUGGAGGACAAGAACAUCAAAGUGACAGUAGUCUUCAACCAUUUCGGCCCCGGAUUAGUUCAAAGAAUGCCGAGGGUAAGGUUAGGUUACGCGCACGUGGCUAACAAUCGAUACGAGCAAUGGGAAAUGUAUGCAAUUGGUGGAAGCGCGAAUCCAACGAUCUUCAGCGAAGGAAACUACUUUAUGGCUCCGAAUCGUCCCGACAUAAAACAGGUAACCAAGAGAGAGGUGAAGAAGGGGUGGAAGAACUGGAAAUGGAGAUCAUCCAGGGAUAGAUUCAUCAACGGCGCUUAUUUUGUCCAAUCCGGAUACGGAAACUGCGCGCCGGACUACACCAAGACUCAGUCGUUUAAGGUUGCCGAUGGAAUGAAGGUCCCGGCAUUGACGUCUGAUGCCGGCCCUCUUAACUGUAGGGCUAAUAGAGCUUGUUGAUAGGUUGUAAGUAUAUAAUCUUCGAUCGCGAUUAUUCCAUCGGUAGGACUUCUUUCUUCUUGCAUUGUUGUCCUGAGCAUUGAUGGAAUGGAGAUAUACUGUAACAUAACAUCUUCCUUAAAAUCAUCACAUUAAUACGUAAAUAUUUUAACGAGCCGAAUUGAACCAAACCGAGA